AUGGCGUCUAAAAUUCAGUUGGAUCCGCCGUACGGAUUCGCAAUACGCAGAAAUGGAAGCUGCCUCGGCGAAGAACUCAAUACCACCUCAGCACAUGGUUUCGUCCGAUGCUGUCCGAAAAAUUCACAUGCGAGCGACAAGAACACAGGCAGGUGUUGCCCGAGUGAAGAAGAAGACUGUGAAUCCCAAAUCAAUAACCCACCACACUGCGCCAACGAAACCUGGGAUCUUUACCAAAACGCCGAUGAUGAUGGAUUCUUCUGUUGUGACCAGGAUCUAGUUGGGUUCGCUAAGGAUGGAGGGGUUGGGUGUGCGAAAAAUGAGAAUUCUGUGGUUACCCGUCCGGGUAGGAAGUGGUUCAACAUAUAUUCACCUGGUAAGAUUCAAACCCUGCCUACUCGACAUGAGCUUAGAUCUGAUAUAACUAGCCCCGAGCGCAAAACCCAGCAGCUCCUCAAUUCCGAGCACCUCCUCAACAUUGAGCAGCUCCACGACAUCGAGUGGUUCCACGACAUCGAGUGGUUCCACGACAUCGAGCGGUUCCACGACAUCGAGCGGUUCUGCAACAUCGAACAGCUCCCCGACAUCCAGUAG